AUGACCGAAGGAAAACCGCGACGAAGAGACAAAUUAGAUGAAUGGAUCCAUGCCCAUUUCACAGAAGAAGAAUUGCAAGAACUUCCUGCGAAGAUUAUCUUUCCCGUGAUAGGUGUGAUCUAUAUAGUUUGUUUGUAUUUCUUAACACAAGUGUUGCCCCUCUAUUUUGGGGCGUUGUACGUGUCUUUUAUGGCAGUUAUAAUGCAUGUGCUAUUUAUAUUAGUCACUUCAUCAUUUUAUAGAGUCCAUUACACUUCAUCGGAUGUCAUUCCAAAAACAUUUUAUGAAGUGAAAGAAGAAGAAAAAACACCAGAAAGGUACUGCGAUGUGUGCAAGAGAUAUAAGGGGUAUAGAGUCCAUCACUGCGAAGCGACAAAAAAAUGCGUCUAUAAACUCGACCACUUCUGCACAGUGCUCGGUAACUCGUUGGGAUAUCACAACUUCAGAUAUUUCUUCUUGUUCCUCUUCUAUCUUUGGGUCUCAGUUCUCUUCGUCGUCUUCAACAUUUACGAAAUUUUCUAUAGUGCUGACCUCACGAAUGCGCCGUACAUAGUGUUAGUAGUGGUUGCACUCUUCUUUGGAAACAUGGCACUUUCUGUGAGUGUCGAGUUGUUUGCGGUUGGAGUUGUCAUAUCAACAAAUCUGACGUUUGUUGAACUUGUGAAGUACUUGGGAGAAUCCCUCAAACAAAGAAAACUUGUUGAAAAUACAUUCAGUCGAGGAUUUAUUAACAAUUGGAGAGAAGUGAUGCAAGUUCCUGAGGGAAAAUGGCUCAUUUCGGGAUUUUUACCAACUCAACCCAUUUUCGAUAAAAAGUCGGACUAA